GCACCCAGCCUGGCAUGCACAUGUUUUGACUCUUGCCUCAGCACACAAUGAGAUCUAUUUCUGUAAACACUCCAGGGUUAUCACCCCACUUCCACUGACUCCCUUCUAUUUGUGUCACCCCUGCUCUUCAUCCGACCCUUUCACUAACUCGCACAAAAUCAUGGCGGAGAGAAGUAGCCGUCUCGGUGUGAAGAGGAAAGAGAAGAAAGUUGAAAACAAGGCCAGUGAUGACAAAGACAAGGAUAAGGGGAAGGAAAAGACGGUGAAAAAGCCCGACAGACCAGGGAAGAAGCAGGAAAAGACCCCAGAGCCGCAAAGGGUAGACGAGGAGAAGAGGAAUGGGGAAAGUGAAGGAGCAACAGGAGCAGAGGCAAAUCAAAAUGAGGAUAAUGGCGAGUUCCAGCCCAUAGAGCUGCCUCCGUUUGAGAUUGUCACUGGGGAUCUGAUGAGCCCAUUCUACUUCAAGUUUCAGUUCAGGAAUGUGGAGUAUUCGUCAGGGAGGAACAAAACCCUUCUGUGUUUCAGAGUGGACACAGCAGGAGGCAGCACCGAGCCUCUGAGAGGUUACAUGGAGGAUGAACAUGCCACAGCCCACGCCGAGGAGGCCUUUUUUCAACAGGUGCUCCCCAACUCUUCCCAAGAGUACGAUGUCACAUGGUACGUGUCAUCCAGCCCCUGUGUAGCCUGUGCCGCUAAGCUGACCUCCAUCCUCCAGCAGCGCAAAAAGCUUCGCCUUUCCGUUUUCUGCUCCCGUCUCUUCGAUUGGGAGGAACCUGAGAUUGUGCAAGGGCUGAAGGCUCUGGUGCAGGCUGGCUGCAAGCUGCAAAUGAUGAAGCCAGCUGACUUCCAGCAUGUUUGGGAAACGUAUGUGGAAAAGGAGGACCAGAGCUUUACUCUGUGGGAGGACUGCAAAGAGAACUAUGAAUACUAUUUGGAAAAGUUAGCUGAUAUUCUCAAAUAGAAGUGAGUCACAGUGCUGUAUUUGAAUCUCACAUGUCACUUCUAAAUUUCUAGGUCAAAAAAGUUUUUUUCUUCAAAAUAUUAAUGAAGUAACCCAGUUUUUAUCUCAUUUGUUUUUACUUUUACAAGUUCCCGUUGACUAAAUUAGAACCAAGCUUGCUUGUGAAACUUCCGUGGGUUUGAACUUGCAACAACACGUGGCAAUAUUUUAUACUUUGUAUUUUAAAAAAAUAGGGCGAAAACAAAUAUUUACAUCCUGCGAAUUUACAAGAUCAAAGCAUUACAGUUCAAAACAUAAAAAAAAGCUUCCUAAAAGUUAUCUUUGCUACCAUCUGGUGAUUUUUCAAGGAACUGCAGUCAAAGCUGAACAACAACUUUCACUACAUAAAUAUCCACGCAUUCAUCCCGUGGUUAAAUUAAAAUGCAGCCAUAUAAAAUAAUUAAAAUACUUUGCUUUACUAAGUGUGUUUGAAAAUAAGUUGAAACAAAGCUACACAUAAUACAAGCUUACUUCAGAGUGCAAUACCAGCUAAAUUGAACAUUUCCAUAAAACCUGUGCAUGUGCUGAUAUUUUAACAUCAUGGUGAUGUGCAAUCACCAUUUAGGACUCGCGGGCCUGAGAAAGGCAGAAACUGUUGCUUUAGCUCAUUUUUUGGAAGGAAAUCAUUGCACCGCCGUUUUCCGUUCCAGUGGAAACCAUCACAGCUAAAAUAAACAAAAUGAAGAGAUGAAAAAA